AACCUCUAGGAGCGUGCAGAAGCUGGUUUCUGCAGACGCCUAUGCGACGGUUCCGCGCGGGGGCGCGCACGUUUCGGCGUACUUUAUUAUGAAUGAGUGAUGUGACUGACUAGCGGUACCGAGAUACAAGUAACUGACCUGGACCUAAACUGGCGCUGAUACCAGAAGCAGCCGGUUCGGUAGAGACGCGCUACAACAGAGCAUUUUUUGUGCUGCUACCUUUAAGCAGAUCAGUCGAGAUCCAGUGCCCGAAGAGACUGCUUUUGCCAGCGUUCAGGCUCUAAUCAAUUACUACUGCCAGGAAAAGUAUUUUCAUCAUGUUCAGAUGUGCGCUAACGAGGGGUUGAGGAUUAUGGUAAUGAUCCAGUCUCUUUUUCCGGGCCUUUGGAAUGCUAAUGGAAGAAUGAGUCAGGAGUUCGAUACAAAGAUGAAGGAACUUCGGAAGAUGGCAGGACACAGAGCACUGUAUUUUACUGUAUUGUUUCUGUGGCAUGUGGGUCGCCAUUACAAAGCCCGGGAAUAUAUUGACAGGAUGAUCAAAAUAUCCAAUGGCAGUAAAGACUUAAGUGUUUGGUCAUAAGAUUCCUGGCCCACUAUCUUGAGAUGCUGCAGAAAUACUCCGGAGCCUUGGAAGUCAUAAACGGAACCCUAGUCAACUGCCCACGAUUUAUCCCUGCUCUAAUUAAGAAAAUGAAGCUGCAGUUGGCUCUGCAAGACUGGGAACAGACCGUAGAGACAGCUCUGAGUGUGAACGUAAUCCACUUCAGCAAACGCAGACAUUAGUGGAAACGAGCAGUGAAUAUGGCCACUAAUGAUGCAGAAGUUGCCACUGAGCUUGACUAUCAAUUCAUAUGACAAGGCAAAAUACGAGACUAUCCACUUUAUCAUAUAAUAAAAGCUCAGACUCGGAAGCGCAUGGGAGAAGAACAAGAAGCCAUGAAAAUGCUGCAGAUUGCAAUGAGUUCCUGGAAUGAGACAAGCUGGAACCAGUGUAAAAGCAAAAGGGAAAAAAACUGAAGUUAGUCCAAGUGACCAGGUGCAGAGCAGUUCCCAUUUGCAUUAUAUAGCAUGAAGCUACAAAAGUGUUACAAGAUGCUAUCAUUUAAUUUUCUGGAAGAAUUGCGCCUUAUGAUUGCCAAUGCUGAACUUGUGCUGGUGCAUGGCGACAUCGAGCAAGCUUUGUCCAUGCAUAGAAGUGUCUCCCCCGAACAACCCUACUUUGUUCAAGCCAAAGAGAAGAUGUUGGAGAUUUAACAGAAAGGAUAAAAAGCUUUUUGUCUGACGUUACAGAGAUUUGGUGGAUAAACUUUCUAGUUCCAUACAUACCUCCUCCUGGGAGAUGCCUAUAUGAACAUUCAAGAGGUAGUAGUAGGCCAGAAUACUGAAUAGAACUCAGAUCUGUGCAGAGAUUGCCAAGCGUUCCACAGUCCAGCGAGACUACGAGAAAGCAAUCAAAUUUUACAAAGAAGCUUUUUUUAUACUGCGAAACAAUCAAUAAGGUGAUUAUCUGUUUUGUUUUUGUGGAACCUGCAGUAGUGUUUAAAAAUGUGAAAUUGCUUCAUGUUGUUGAUAGAAAUUGCUUUUGAUGGAAAAAUGCUUUUAUUUACCAUCCUAGCCUAAAUUAUAGGCAAUACAUUCACAAUGUUAGUGUCCAUUCACUCGAGUUAUUCCCAACAGCAGAAGGGUAGUCAUCUCAAACCAUAAACCAUCCCUUUAAUUUUCCAAUUUAUCAGAUAUUUAAUGAUAUCUGCAUUGCCACAAUGAUCAGUAAAAGUCUUCAUUUUACUCAUAAGAAAACACUCCUCCUAAAUGGUCCCAAAUUCUGACAUGAUUUAAUCAACUCAUCUGUGUUCUUUAAUAAGCCAACAGGCUAAGUCUAGAUCUGUAUAUAAUAUCUUAUACACCCAUCUAACAAAUGGCGCUCUAUCUGUAUUUUUAGCCCUUGCAUACAGCCUGUGUAUACAUUUUCUAAGAUAUCCUCUAUCCUAUAAUCUAUUCCUAAAAUGGCAGAGGGCUGUGCCCUCUGCUACUGCCCGAAGCUUCCCUGUGGAGGCUAACAUAACCGUAUGGGAAUCACUGCUUUAAAGCAAUGCCCAAUUACAACAGAUAGAGUUGAGGUCUGGCAAUUGGCUAGCCAGUCCAUCAAAGACUGUACACCAGCUUCCUGAUUCUGUACAAAGAGGUUUGACUUUUGACCAUUUUCCUUUUGCAAGGCUGAAAAAAUAUAUUAUUUUAUUCUACUUCACAUGCACAAGUGCAUGUCUUGGAAAAUGUCACCAAAUGCAGAAUUCUGUUUUUCCCCCCAGGCCAGUGCAUUUUUUUCAAGAAGGAGCAAUUUUUAAUUGUUUAUCUUUCUGGACUUUUGGGAAUGAGCACACCAAAUGGACAGUAACCAUAAAAAUACGGAAGCCAAUAGGGUAAAAAAAGAACACAAGAAUGUCCUGUUAAAAUGGAUGACACUUUAGCUGAUGUUACAAAGCAUUACAUUCUGCUCAUAGAAUAAGUGAAAAGGAGAUGUUUAGCAUACUUUUGUAAUGGGAGGAUUGGCAACAGCCUUGUAUUUAUCCCUAAAAUACCCUGUCACUGGAUACGUGAUAUAUGGAGUACGGUAGGAAUGUAAUAUUCUUAUGCUGAUUUAGUUGUUUGGCCCUUCAACUAUGUUUCAGAGAUCUCCCUGUCCAAGAACAGUCCAUUCCCUCCAUUAUCAGCACUAGUAUAUUAGAUUUUCUGAAGUGACUGAGCCAAAGAUUAAUGUAACUUUUCCCCAAGCACAAAGAAUGAAAAAAAAAAAAGCUGGGGACUGAGGUCCAAUACUGCCCACUUGCUUUCCAAAGGUCAGGAAUCCAAAUUUGAACAUUGUAAAAGACAUUGCUAUAAGGUAUUAUUUUAUUGAGUGCCAAUGGGUUACCUAACAUUUGUUUCCAACUAAUGAGCCAAAAUCAUUCCCGACAAGGGCGCAUCAAUACCCCAGGAACACAUCCUUUCAGUGGCUGCUCAUUAGAAAGCCACCAAGUACAGCAUAUCACAGUGUUGUGAUACAACAUGGCCGAUUGAUAUGGCUCAAAACGGUAUACAUUUUUCAGUUCACUGGCUUUUUCUAUUAUACCUCGCUAUGGUGUAACUGUUGGUUCCAAGGAGUUGCUAAACUAGGUAAUACGUUGGUGAGGGAAACCUAUGGAAUUCAUAUUAUUGGUGAUCUGUGGCAGGAAGGGGCAAUUGUCACAUUUGACACCCUUAAAGGAGAACUAAAGCUAGAAAUGUUGUACAUUUAUGUUUUGGGCUUCUGUACCAGCCCAAGGGAACCACAGCCCUUUAGCAGGGAAGAUCUUUGUGUCUCUGAAGAUGCCCCAGUAUCCCCCCAUCUUCUUUUCUGCUGAUUCACUGCUCGGUGCUGCUGUCACUUACUGAGCUUAGCGGCCAACUCAAAAUAUACAGUACACAUAGAAUAUAAAUGUUACAAUAUAAGGCUAAUUAGUAAUGAAUACAUAUAAUUACUACAUGGCAGCAAAGAAACCAAUGUAACAAACUUACAGUACAGGCCAACCUCAUUUUCUGCUUUAUAAUUUGCAACGACCCCUAAGCUUAGCUUCUCAACAGCUACUUAGAGCCCACUGAGUAUGCGGGUGUCACGGACCCUGUCCAAGAUGGUGACCUCUGUCCAAGGAUGUACAGUAUAGUAUGACCAACAUAUUGAAAUACCAGACCCUUUGAAUUGUGAUUUCCAUAAUGUUUAAUGUUUAUACUGUUUCUGUGUAACAUUAGAUUUAAAAUCUCCACCUGUAAAUAUAACUUUUUAUGACUUACAAGUCCUUGAUCCACAUGGCUAUGUUCCAACUGUUUGCAACCAAUUUGACUGAGAAUACCCAAAGUAAGCGGUCUCCAUACUGGGGGCAAGUUUAUUUGCUAGAGUAGGUGGUUACAAGAAAUAAAUCUAAUUGGUUGAGUUGGCAAUAUAUGAUUUAACUAAGGCUCACCAUAUAAUAUAUGAAGAAAUUAUUUAAUAAUAUGAGAAAUUGUAUUAAAUUCUAAUGAUAUAUUCAGUUGAAAAAUAAAUUAUUCUUAGAACCCAAUUGAUCGUUAUCUUUUCUAGCCUGAGAAAGAUUGUGAAAUAGUUCUUCACAUUUACGUUUCUUAGCUUUAAGAUAGGCUGAUUGUAUAAAAUCCAUGAGCAUUUCAUUUAUUUUUCAAAUGUUUAGCCUGUUCUUCAAAUAACUCUAAAUUAAAGUAAUUUCUUUAAUAUUGUACAAACUGAUCAAUGUUAAUUGUAUGUUUAGGAUGGCAACUACUUGCUCUCAAAAUUGUAUUUCCAGCAGUGGGUUUAGUAAAAACUUUUGAAGUGAUUAAACCAGAGGUUAUAUUAACGUGAAGUGUAACAUCUAAAGGAUCAAUAUCCGAAAUGUUGUGACAUAGUAAUUUGCAAAUUAAAAUCAUUAGUGUUGAUUAAAUCUAAAAAGUGAUGGCGUGCUUCUAUAAAACCUUUCCAAAUCAUGCGUUUUGGAAGUGAAAAUUCCAAAGACUCCUUGUUGCGUGUGGGUCACAAAGAAUUGUUCACACAACACCACAAUUUAUUUGCCAGUGAAUGUUUAUCUCUAGCCAAAAAAUUAAUAAGGAAGAAAAUAUUCCCAAAAAAGCCGCUGUUGUUGUUGUCAAAAAAGUGAUGGAAUUAAAAAAUUCUUAAAGUUUCUCUUGAAAAUGUUCUCUCUUAAAAAUUCUUGUUAUUCAGUAACAAAAAAAGAUUAGUCUAGGGUCUGAAUACUUUUGCAAUGUACUGUAUAUACUCAUCAUACACCUAGUAUGCCAGUGGAAGUAAUGACAUUUGACCAGCAGAUCUGAGGUGAUAUCGAUGAACAGUCUGGGCAAAUUUAUCAAAAUCUGAGAUUUAGAACUCACCACAGAAAAACUUACUUUUUAUUCAUUCCUAUGGGAUUUUUAAAAGCAUAUUUAUCAAAUGGUGAACUCCAUGGAUAAAUGCAAUUCUAAAAAUUCCUGAAAAAAAAAAAACUGGCAAGAAUUCACGAAGAGCAAAGUUAGAACCUGUAUUUUACUACUGUAAAGGACUUUACCUAUGGUAUGAAAAAUUCUCAUCCUGCUAGAGUUUUUAUUUGGGUGGGGUCCACACAAAAGCCUGGCAUCAAGGGACCACUCAACAAAUCAAGGAAACAGGAAAUCAGGAUGUUACCAGGCUGCUAAAAGAACUAGCACACAAGACAACAAUCAAGAGAUAUGAAUUUGAAGCUGGCCCACCUUAGCCUUCCUGUACUGAUGUAUAAAACCAAAGUUUCAUUUUUUAAAUCAUCUAUUCUCCUUUACAUUCCCAAGUUGCUCUAACAUUUGUCACUAAGCAGAACACUCACAUUUCCUCAAGGGCACAGUUUUUGCUCAACUUGGUCUUGUACAUUUUAAAUUAACGAAUGCAGACAUAUGGGCAGUCCCUUUGCUUUCAUUUAGAAAUAACUUAAAAGUUAGAUGUCAUGUAGUCUCGUUAGCCUUUACCUAUUUUGGUGCAAACCCCAUACACACGCACCACAUCAGCUUCAUUGAUUGUUUUCUUCUAUCCUCAGACAAAAAAUGAGGUUCUGUCAUGGAUAGAAGCCACUGAGGAAACUUUAGGAUUUUUAUCCUUUAGGCUUUUAAUCCAUAAAUAUACAGCUGCAGCUCUCCUGAGCAGUUUUGGUAUUCACUUUAAUUUUUUAAAAACAAACAUUGCCGUAAAUCCUUUUUUUCCUCAGUCUGCAGCUUGGGUUUAAAAAAAUAGAUUUUACUGUAUGCGUGAGGCUUGUUCAAUCAGAAGUCUUCUGCAAUUCUGGGCUUUGGAUGACUGUGGUAUCCCUGAGCUGAGUGUAGGGCUCUGACAGAUGUUGCAUGACGCCAGGGAGAUCGAGGCAGCAGGGAUAGGGUCCAAUUCAGUGCCAUCAGCACGGAAAUCAGCCAGGCGUAAGUCACAGCAGCGCAAGGCUCGUACAGCUCACAAGGCUCCCAAUGUGGAAGAACCCAGGAUGACACGCCAGAUGACCGAAAAAGAGCAGAGAGAAGGUGAGCCUAGUCAUAAUCUUGUUCAUAAUAUUUCCACACAUGUACUUACGCCUAUGGAACACCGGGUCAUCAAUAAAGGCUUGACUUUUGUACCUGUACAUAAUGCAGGCUUAUUUAACUUACAAAUUGACUUAUUCAAAUUUAUGAGAAACUUAAGACUGAAAAUGUGGUUCCAUGACAAGAGAACUGUGACUAAGCCUGAUGCCAUUGUCCAUGUACCACAUAAUCUUAAGAAAAGGAGUGUUUUUGACCCUCCAAUUGAAAACAAUGCACUUAAUAUGUUUCAAGGUUUGGUGAACAAAGAAUGUAAUUCCAUAUGGUCUAGACCCCAUACAAACAGAGUAUAUCGCAAUUUUUCUAAGGCCGAAAAAAUGGCAGUCAAAAGCCUUCGUAGUAAUAAUUCCAUUAUUAUUAAGAAGGCGGAUAAAGGGGGAGCCACGGUCAUUAUGGAUAAAAUCCAAUAUGUAAGUGAAGCUGAGAAACAAUUGGGGGAUGGCAUAUCUUAUGAGGUAUUGGAUAGUGAUCCUACAUGGCAGACUAAAAGAGUAAUUGAUUCUGUAUUGCAUGAAGCAGAAAUUGAGGGGGUCAUUAAUACUGAUUUGAAGAAUGCCCUUACAGUGGAAUUUCCACGGACACCCGUUUUUUAUCUGCUUCCCAAAAUACAUAAGGAUCCCCUGAAUCCACCUGGGAGACCCAUUGUAUCAGGGAGUGGGUCAUUACUACAGCCACUGGCCAUAUUGGUAGAUAACUAUCUGCAACCCAUUGUACAGGGUUUACCUACAUGUCUCAAGGAUACAACUGAUUUCCUAAAUAGAAUCAACCAUAUUUAUAUUCCUGAAAAUGAAGUGGUAUACCUGUGUACAAUGGAUGUGGCCAGCUUGUAUACAUGCAUACCGCAUGAUGAGGGGUUGGAAAGUGUACGUCAUCAUCUUUCAAGGAAACAUCUUGAUGACCCCCAGUUAGUUUCACUAAUCUGUUCAUUACUAGAAUUGGUCCUUACUAGAAAUUACUUCCGUUUUGAUAAGAAAUUUUUCUUACAGAAACAAGGGACCAGUAUGGGGGCAAAUAUGGCACCUACGUAUGCUAAUAUCUUCAUGUACGAUUUGGAAGAGAAAAUAAUUUUACAGAAUGCCAUAUUUUCAACCCAUAUUUUCUGGUACAGUCGAUUUGUGGACGAUAUUUUUUUCGUAUGGCGAGGCCCUGAGGGUAAACUUUCACAGUUCAUUGAAUACAUCAAUAUGGUGCAUCCUACUAUUAAAUUUGUAUUGCAUAAGGACACCACACGUAUCGAAUUUCUUGAUGUAUCAAUAUACCGUGAAUCUAAUGUAUUAUCCACCAUGUUAUAUAGAAAACCAGUGGAGAAAAAUAACAUGUUAUUAUAUAACAGUUUUCACCCACCAGGAACAACAGAGGGUUUACCAAAGAGCCAAAUAAUGCGGUGUAAACGCAUUACCUCCGAUACAUAUAUUUAUGAACAAAUGAGUGAAAAUGUUAUAGAUACCUUUAGAGAACGUGGGUAUCCUGAAAAACUGUUGAAAGAAUCAAAGAGGCAAAUUGAUCGGAUUUCACGAACUGAUUUAUUAAAAUGUAACAAAAAGGAAAGUGUAACCAAUAGAAUCCCUUUUGUGACGACCUAUGACUGCCAUUCGAAGGAGGUACGGAGGGUCAUUAGAAAAUAUUGGCCAAUUGUAAUGAAUGACCCAGGCACCUCAAAGGUGUUCACUGAUUAUCCUCUAUUUGCAUAUAGACGGGGGAAAAAUUUGGGUGACCAAUUGGUACACAGUGAUAUGAACCCUAAUCACUCAAAGACCACCCAAAGAUUCUUGGGCAAACCAUUAAUGGGAACGUUUCCAUGUCUCUCUUGCCAAAAUUGCAAUGCCAUUAUAAAAGGGGCUGCUGUUUCACAUCCCACCUCAGGGAUACAGAUUAAAAUCAGAGGAUACCACACUUGUAUGUCCACCAAUGUCAUUUACCUAUUGAAGUGCCCGUGUGGGUUAGCCUACGUGGGCAAAACUAAUAGGAUGGUAAGAGUACGAAUCAAUGAACAUAGGAGUGCUAUACGGAAUGUUAAUGUCAAACCCACAUCUGUUAGUCGACAUUGGGCCGAAUGUAACCACACCAUCUCACAGUUGCGAUGGAUGGUUUUAGAAGAGAUAGCAACUAAAUCGGGUAACACAGACCAGAAACUCCUUCAGAGGGAAACGUAUUGGAUCUGGAAGUUAAAUACAUUGGCACCUAGGGGCCUUAAUGAAGCAAUGAAUUAUACGUGUUUUUAUGAAUUGUGUUGCUUAAUAUGUGCCCUCCGUUUCUUACAGUGA